AUGUUAUUCCUCGCUCCAGGAUACAUAUUCCCCCAUGUGGCUACACCUGUUACCGUCGCCAUCGAUUUCGCACAAGCCGUGAAGGAGGGAGCGUAUAGCUUUCUUGACCUCAAGGCUUCUCCAAUCCCCAACCCUGAAUUAUUUCAACCACCCUCAAGGGUAUCAAUUGGGACGACCGGUGGGAGAGAAGAACGAAAUGAAGAGAUUAUUCGAGGGCCCUUGAACUACCUGCUCUCUCUUCCGGGCAAGGACAUCCGAGGGAAGCUGAUUGAUGCUCUGAAUGAGUGGUUCAGGGUCCCGGAGGACAAACUGAGUACUAUCAAAGAGAUCGUUGUAAUACUGCACACAGCAUCUCUAUUGAUUGAUGACAUUCAAGAUUCAUCCCAACUCCGAAGGGGAAACCCUGUGGCGCAUAGGAUCUUCGGUGUUGCACAGACAAUCAAUUCAGCGAACUACGCCUAUUUCCUGGCCCAAGCGAAGCUAGCAGACCUCAAUGACAGCCGCGCAUUUGACAUCUUUACAAAGGGGCUACUCAAGCUCCAUCGGGGGCAGGGCAUGGAAUUGUACUGGAGGGACAAUUUAAUAUGUCCCACAGAAGAAGAAUACGUCGAGAUGGUCUCUUGCAAAACAGGAGGCCUGUUCUAUUUGGCAGUGCAGCUGAUGCAACUGAACAGCGAGGUAACAGUGAACUUUUCGAGCUUCAUCAAUCUCCUGGGAAUCAUCUUCCAGAUUCGUGAUGAUUAUAUGAACCUUCAAAGCGGAACUAUGACCAAGACCAAGGGAUUUAGUGAGGAUCUGACCGAGGGAAAGUUCGGAUAUCCCAUCAUCCACAGCAUCCAUGCUGCACCCAACGACCCACAGCUCAUCCAAAUCCUCAAACUGAAGACCAACGACGACGUGAUUAAGCAGUAUGCGGUGCGCUAUAUAGAGUCCACUGGUAGCUUCGUUUAUUGCCGGGAAAAGCUUGACCUGUACCUGCAAGAAGCAAAUGAGACUUUCCGGGGCUUGGAGAUGUUGUUGGGCCCCUCGAAAGGAAUCCGUGCGAUUUUGGACUUUCUGAGGACAAGGUAA